GACCUCUAGGUAGACCUAAACAAUCGGACUCUGGUGAUAAUGAUUUACUGGUAAGACCCCGUAAGAAGAGAGCUACGGAACCCACGUCAGACCCUCAGAUCAUGACGUGCCACAAUUGCAAUGAGUCCUACACGUCCAAAGUGCGACUGAAGUUUCACAUGCAAUUCCACGACAACACAGACAUGCUGAAUGCCAACGGGCAGUACACAUGUCUCGAAUGUUCCGCAAUCACUUUCAACACAGAAACGGAGCUUUUCGACCAUGUGCAUUUUCAACAUGACAAGCAGAAUAGAUACCAGUGUUCUGUCAAGGAUUGUGGGAAGACUUUCUUCCUCAGAGCGUCCCUUACGAAGCAUAGUCGCACGCACACAGACACACGACGCUACGUUUGCGGCACUUGCGGCAAGAGAUUCCUGGAUAAGCAAACGUUGGAUGAGCACGGAGUUACGCAUUUGCAGAUCAAACCCUACCAAUGCCACAUCUGCAUGAAGCAGCUGACUCGCCGCUCUCGCUUGCGCAUGCACAUGCGAGCGCACGAGGAAUCGCUCUGUCCCGCUCUGGUGCCAGUCUGUGCCGCCUGCCGACGGGCGUUCCAGAACGUUCCAGCCGCUAUGGAGCAUGUGAAGAAAUCUCAAGAAUGUUUGGGAGCGUUCUCCAGCGAUCUAAACGAAGAGGACAAACCUGCCGCCGUGCUGUCGCCCACUAGUGGGCUCGUGCGGCCCACACAAGAAGAACAACCGAGCCAGCCGCUGCGCAUAGAACGCGAGGCGCAAUGCGCCGGAGCGGCGGCGCUCCUGGCGUCACUUCCGGCGUCCUUACGAGCUGUUGUACGCGCUGUCAAAGUCGACAAGGCUUUCCGCUGCGAAUUCUGUGAAGACGUGUUUUACCUUGAAGAAGAUCUGAACAACCACCGAACGAUCCAUAAAGGGGUUAAGAACCCGUUCACUUGCCACAUCUGCAAAGUCAGCUUCGCCACGUAUUCUAGAUGUACAACCCACAAAACAACGCACGGUUUCUACAAACGGCCGCUAGCAGACGUCAAGAACGAAGGGCCGAGUAGGGCAGAUUCCGGUCCUUCCGCGCGCGGCGUGCUCGGCUAUGGAGGCUUCCCUGUCGUCAAACACUUCUUGUGCGAGGACUGCGGGCGGUCUUACUUGCACUGGACGUACUUGCAAGUGCAUCGCAGAAUGAAGCAUGCGAACGAAAACUUCAUCUACAAGUGCAUACAUUGUGAGGAGACCUUUCCUAACAGUUGGAGCGUGGCCUACCACAGAAAAAAGGUGCACGGCAAACCUGCAGAAAAGGGAACCGGGGCUACGAAAACUGUCAACACUGACUAUAGAAUCCCGUGCCGAGACUGCGACGAAGUGUUGCCAAACAAAACUGCGCUCUAUAAACAUAGGAAGAAGGAGCACAGUUACGUGUCAUUGCCAAUCAGUGACAAUCAAGGUUUGAGUGGUCAGACGCACGUGGAGGGCGCGCGAGCCGCCUGCACGCACUGCGGACUAAGUUUUCCUGUCAACCUGCUGCCACACCAUCUCAAAGAGGUCCACGGACAAGACACGCAGUACCCAAGUGCGCGAUCACACACCUGUACCGUUUGCGGACACGCGUUCCGCACGGCCUCCAUGCUUACUGAGCACUCCAGGAUUCAUACCGGCGAACGACCCUUUCCAUGCGAUGUUUGUGGGGUGGCUUUUAGAAGAGCAACGGCGAUGCGUAACCACCGUUUGAUCCACACGGGCGUCCGAGCGUGGGGCUGCGCGCGCUGCCCCAAGCGGUUCCGGAUCCGGUCCGACCUCAACACGCACUCCCGGCUCAAGCAUCCGCUACAUCUCGCUGUUAUCGAGAUUGCGGGCUUGGAUCCCAGUUCGGAGCAGGUGAUGCAUGCUCUCGCCGUCAACAAUAUCUCCCGGGAGAGCGUCCUUGAAAUCACCAAGGUCUCCUUCGCUAAGGGCACUCGUCACGCGAUCCCGGACAGCGCCCGUGCGCUAGCGUUGUUGGACGCGCCGCGGGAGCAUGUGAACUGGACCCCCGCGCCGCAAGUCACCAACCACGCAACCAACUAUGCUGCUGCGGAGAUCCCCAAUAUCACGUACGCACGGCGCGGGCGCGGCAUUGCUAGAAGUACUCGCUUUGUUGGCCCGCCCUCACAAGUACAGGACCUGACAGGCUUAAACGUCGAAAUGCUUCUACAAGACAACCUUCUCGAGCAACCCUCUCUAAAUGCUCGACAAAUGCUCGAUCCCAUGCUACUCUUCAACACCCCGCCGCAGCAGAUGCAAACUGACGUCAACCACUAACCCUUGCAACGCCAAGGACGUAUAAAGUCGUCAUUACUUUAGUGGUGGUAUACUGCGCUCGUUAAAUGAUCGACGUGAAGCUACUCUUCAACACCCCGCCGCAGCAGAUGCAAACUGGCGUCAACCUCUAACCCUUGCAACGCCAAGGACGUCUAAAGUCGUCAUAGUACCAGUGGUUGGAUACUGUGCUCGUCAAAUGCAUAGCAGAUGCACACUGACGUCACCGAUUAACCCUUGCAACGCCAAGGAUGUCUAAAGUCGUCCUUCAAUGGUCGAACAUUAUUCACGUUUUGGCUUUAACGACCAGCCGCAAGUAUCCCGGUUUACAUAAUUUGGCUAAUACUUGUGAAUUCAUGUUUCUAAACAAAUAUGUUUUUAAAUUCUGCGUCUAUAUGACAUUUAUAUUUACCUAGUCAUUUAAGUGCAAUAUGAUAUUUUACUUAGUUUUGUAAUAAAACGCUAAUAA